CGCCCUGCCGGUGUCCUAAAGGGUACAGAUCGUAUUAGAACCCUAAAGCGAUUCCUGGGUUUCCUGUUAAAUAGGACCUCUGCCCUCCGUCCCCACUGUGGUCCCCUCCGUGUAAGGCGGCAGAUGGUCUAGUCCAGCGGAGACACUCCCCACAAUGGGCCGCAGCGAGACCCGGGGGAGAGCAAAGGGCAGGCCGCGCACGCAUGCGCAGAGGCGCAGCAUGGGGGCGGGAGCCGCCAAGCCCCUUCCCCGCCGCGGUGAAGAUCAUUGCUAGGAAGAACUCUGGGUACAAUUAUGAACACAGUGUAUGUGAUAAUGGCUCACAUCUUAAGAUCUCACCCGAUAAAUGCUUCCAUGGUACCUAAUGGAAUGAAAAUGCUUCCGUAUCUUGGUGUCAUUAGAAAUAGAAUGAUGUCAACACAUAAAUCCAAAAAGAAGAUGAGAGAAUAUUACAGGCUACUGAAUCUGGAUGAAGGAUGCUCUGCAGAUGAUGUCAGGGAAUCUUUUCAUAAGCUUGCCAAGCAAUACCACCCAGACGGUGGCUCUAAUACAGCAGAUUCUGCAACAUUUAUAAGGAUCGAAGAAGCUUAUAGGAAGGUGCUUUCCCAUGUGUUAGAACAAGCAAAUGCCAGACAGAAUAAAGUUGAAGAAGCAGAGGAAGAGGAAGAAAAGUUCAAAUAUAAAACACCCCAACACCGGCAUUAUUUAAGUUUCGAAGGUAUUGGUUUUGGAAGUCCAAGUCAACGAGAGAAGCAAUAUAGGCAAUUUAGAGCAGACCGCGCAACUGAGCAAGUGAUGGAGUAUCAGAAGCAGAAGCUACAAAGCCAGUAUUUCAUUGAUAGCAUAAUUGUGAAAGAUGUAAGGCAGAGUAAAGAACAAAAAAUAACUCAGGCUAUCGAGCGUUUAGUAGAGGAUCUCAUUCAGGAAUCAAUGGCAAAAGGAGACUUUGACAAUCUCAGUGGGAAGGGAAAACCUCUAAAGAAAUAUUCUGGCUGUUCAUAUAUUGAUCCCAUGACUCACAACCUGAACAGAAUACUGAUAGAUAAUGGAUACCAACCGGAGUGGAUCCUCAUGCAGAAGGAAAUAAAGGAUACUAUUGAUCAGCUCAGAGAGGCAAUUUUAGUGUCAAGGAAAAAACUCGGGAAUCCAAUGACACCAACUGAGCAGAAACAGUGGAACCAAGUUUGUGAGCAGUUUCAAGAAAACAUCAGGAAACUAAACAAGCGAAUUAAUGAUUUUAAUCUAAUUGUUCCCCUCCUGAGCAGACAAAAAGUCCAUUUUGAUGCACAGAAAGAAAUUUCCAGAGCCCAGGGAAUAUACGAGACCCUUAUAAAAACACAAGAAGUCACAGAUAAAAACCCAAACAACACUGAUCAGGGAGAAGGGGAGAAAACACCUCGAGUCAAGACAGGUUUUUUUAACUGGAUGAGUGUGUGGAAAUUUAUUAAAAUAUGACCAUUUAAAUAUUCAUAGUACUACCCCAAAUCAUUUUCAGUUGUACUGAUGUCACACAUAGAAGCUGAGAUUUAUUGCUGCAACACAAGAGUUUGAAAACUGUAUGCCUCUGUACUUUUCGCAAAACUAAUCACAUCUCCAGUGAUGUAUAAGUGAGAAAGCUAUGAGAAACUGAGAGACAUGUUCAACCAGCUUCGCUCUGAGGAUAUUGCAAGAAAAGAACUUCUGAGAAAACAAUUUAAUCCAUUUCAGAGUUUAAAGGUCAGUCCAUAGGUGAAAUGAAUUAGGAUAAGGACUCAGACAGGGAAUCAUAAACGGUAGUCCAAAAGUCGUAGUGCAGUUUUAAGCUCUAGUAACUUAACAGUUCCUGUUGCCAUCUUUACAGAUACUUAAACAACAAUGGGAAAAAAAAAAAACAACCCUAAAGAGUAUGAUAAAAAGUCACAAAACUAAGGAAGUAUGGACUGUAGAUAAGCAAACCUAAAAAAUGAGGAAUGUUUUUUGCAAGCUUGCUGCAUUUAGACACCCGUGGUUAUUAAAGUUUAAAAUUGUUCUAA